GGAUCAAAGUUCAGGUCAUGCAGACAGUUCAGUGUUGCCUCUGUGAGUGUGCCCGUGUUUCCUCUCAGUCUCUGGGAUCUAACUGUUCAUACUGAGCUGUCUGAGCUACAAAAUGACCCGUUGGGCCUUUAUCGCUCCCCUGCUGCUCCUGCUGGGCCUGUUCAUCCACAGUGCUGUCAGUCAGGAGGCUGAGGACCCAGCUGCGACUGUAACACCACUGGCACCGGACCAGGCCUCUGAUGGCACGGAGGAUGACAGUGGGGACUGGGGAAUGAACUCCCUCAGAGGCGGCUUUGAGUCAGUGAGCAGCUACUUUGACUCGAUGCUGGAGUUCAUGGGAGGACGUGAUGGAGUGUGCCAAUACCGCUGUCGAUAUGGUAAAGCUCCUCUUCCUCGGCCUGGAUACCAGAUGCCAGAACCUGACGGAUGUAGCUCCUACUUCUUUGGUAUUCCUAUUCCAGAGGGGAUGGACGUGGGCAUCCCCGCCAUGACCAAGUGCUGCAAUCAGCUGGACAUGUGUUACGACACCUGCGGCUCCAAUAAGUACCGCUGCGACUCCAAGUUCCGCUGGUGCCUCCACAGCAUCUGCUCCGACCUCAAGAAGAGCCUGGGCUUCGUGUCAAAGGUUGAAGCAUGUGAAACAGUAGCAGACACCCUGUUCAACACAGUGUGGACUCUGGGCUGCAGACCCUACAUGAACGCACAGAGAGCAGCGUGCUACUGUCAAGGAGAGGAGAAAGAUGAACUUUAGAUCCCUUUCAUAACUGUAUCAACUAGAGCAACACAUCAGGAGUUGUGAGUUAUUAUGGUGUUGCAAGGACUGCUGUGUGACUACUUGAGUAAUUUAUUUGGAAGUUCUUGUUCUGGUUAUUUUACUUUGCAGCAAAAUGUAGGUGUUAUUGUUAGAAGUUCAGCUGUGUUGCAAGCCAAAACUGUAUUUGUUUGUUUGCAGAGGUGCAUCAAUGCUGUCUGUAGUGUUGGUAUUAGCACCAAUACAGGUGGAAAAGGCAUGAUUGUGGAAAAGCAAAAAAUAUCUGCAGGGUGUGAAUAAAUGUUAUUGACACAUA